GGCUGGACUUCUACUACUCCGCCUAACAUUCGGGGGAGAGAGAGAGCGCGAGAGCGAGCGAGCGAGCGAGACCGGAGACGUUCAUUGACAUAAAAGUGAAGACGCUCUCUCGGUUUAAAAAAAAAAAAGCAAGCGAGAUCGGGCAGGGAAGCGAGAUCCAGAGUUCUUCCUUCUCUCCCUUCCGUCUUCCUUGCUCUCUAAGGAUCUGCGAUUCAUUCUUUAUUCGCCCUUUAUUUAUUCCCCUUUCCCUUCAUCUGCCGAGAAAUCUCGUCGCUUAAAGAACUUGGAUUUUGCCCUCUUUGGUGAAGGGAAAAAAAAAGGGGUGUGUGAAGAAUUUUCCCCCGGUUGUUUUUUUUUAAAGCCAAGAAGAAAGGGCCCAAAUCGAACCGGGCUGAAUGAAGAGUUCUUCCUAAAAAGCUUGCUGUUCAAACAAGCCCAAACCAUCCAACUUCAGCUGGGAAGCAGCGAGCCAUAGCAGCUGUAAGAUCCGAGACCUUGGAAACGGGGGGAAAAAUGCACUAAAAGUUUUGGCAAACUUUUCUUCUUCGUCUCGGUUUCUUUUUUUCCUUUUUUCUUUUCUCCUCCUCCCCGGUGCUUGUGUUGGUGGUGAGAGCGAGCCGCUCGCGUGAGGUGCUUUUGCCACCGAGGGAUAGAGUGUGCGUGGAAGAGAGGGGAAGAGGAAAAUCGGUUACUAUUCGCCGUGCUGCUGGGAGGGAAUUGUUCGGGAGAAGCGGAACCGGCGGAUCGGAACCAAGCCGAGCCGAAGACCUUGAGCAAGCGAGCGCGCGGCAAAAGCGAGGGCAAACUGCGUCUCUGGGGCCUCGGGAGAGCGGAGCUUAUGGACGGGUGAAACCAGAGUCUAAAUUCUACCCCCCUCCCCCCCUUCAACCCCUCAGCUUGAUCAGAGCGACCGCCGAGCAAAGGAGAAGGGCUUAGACAACUCGACCGAGCCGAUCCUCCCCUCGCUCCUGGAAUCAUGAACUUUCUGCUCACUUGGAUCCAUUGGGGGUUGGCGGCGCUGCUUUAUUUCCACAACGCCAAGGUGUUGCAGGCUGCUCCUGCCCAGGGGGAUGGAGACAGGCAACAAGGUGAAGUUAUCUCAUUUAUGAAGGUCUUUGAGCGUAGUGCCUGCAGGUCAAUUGAGACCAUGGUAGAUAUUUUCCAGGAGUAUCCUGAUGAGGUGGAAUACAUCUUCAAACCAUCCUGUGUGCCCCUGAUGAGAUGUGCAGGAUGCUGUAAUGAUGAAGCACUAGAAUGUGUGCCUACAGAGAUCUACAAUGUCACCAUGGAGAUCAUGAAACUCAAACACUUUCAGAGUCAGCAUAUACAUCCGAUGAGCUUCCAGCAGCACAGUAAAUGUGAAUGCAGACAAAAGAAAGAAGUCACAGUUAGGCAAGAAAAAAAAUCAAAGCGAGGAAAGGGGAAGGGUCAAAAAAGAAAGCGCAGGAGAGGCCGGUAUAAACCACAGAAUUUUCACUGUGAACCUUGCUCAGAAAGGAGAAAGCACUUGUACAAACAAGAUCCCUUGACCUGUAAAUGUUCCUGCAAAUUCACAGACUCACGUUGCAAGUCGAAGCAGCUUGAGUUAAACGAGCGCACUUGCAGAUGUGAAAAACCGAGGCGGUGAGCAGCAGAGAAGAAAGGGAGUGCGGGCGCAGCCUUGGUUCUGGAGCCUGACAUCUCACCUGGUCAGAAACGGAAAACAAACACUAAUCCAAAUGAACACUAAAAAUGAAGGAUCAGCAGCGCACAGCACUUUUGAGUAUGGACGAUGGACUCUGGAAGGAACAUUCCCUGACGACCUGCGCAGGAUUCACCUUUUGGUUUUGAACUGGUUUUACAGAAAAAAAAAACUUUCCUUCUCAUGCUGCUAAGAUAUAGAGCCAGGGAGAGUGGAGUGAUAUAUGCUUGGGACUCCCAAUACACAUGAAGUAUAUGUAUAUGUAUAUGAAUAUGUAUGUGUAUAUGUAUAUAUACUGAAUUUCUAAAACAUUGCUAACAUUAUUGGUGUCUUCACUGGAUAUACUCAACUGCUGUGGACACAAGUGGGCUAUUUGGGACAUAAGAAAGAAACCACGACUGGACUCCAGUCAAUACUGCUCAAUAUAUUCUUCAUACUCUUCCUGACCCUCUAAAGCCUGCUGGUCUCACUUCCUCUCCCCACUCUCCUGCCCCACUCCCGUGUGGGAGCGAAACAUUUGUACGAGAAGAGAUGGCAGGGGAUUCCCAAAAUGGCACCUUGGAAUACUGUGGGUCAAAAGGUCAAGGAAAUAACUCUUAAAUGCUGGAACUGAUGGUUCAAUCAAAUUCCCUUCCCCUUCCUUCUCGGAAAUCUCUUCUGAGUCUGGCUCACAAUCUACUGGCUUCAAUGGGGUCGUCGGUGUAUAUUUUUGUAUUGACUUGCUGCAGGAACAUUUUGCCACAGAUAACGUGUUUUGGCCUUACUGAUGGGAAGCGGCUGAGUUUGGACUUGUCAGCUCAAGGAGGCAUCCCUGGAAUCCUGCCAUCCCUGUUGGCUACUUAAAUAAUGGAUGUCAUAUUGGCAGAAGGAGACGGAGGAAAGAAGGGGGACUUACAGAGAGCCGGGCAGUUGAACCAGCACUGUCAACCAUCAUGCACAGAGCUGCCACUGAAGAUACUUCUGGAACAUCUCUGGAAAGGGAUAUUAAUUUAAGUAUAUAUGCGCAAUAGGCAGGAUGCGUGAGUGUGUGUGAGUGAGGGGGUACAUACAACUGUAUAGGGUUUUUCUUCUCUUUUUUGUGCCUAAUAAGUUUAAAAUUGGCUUGUUACAUUUUGGGCCUUCGAGGGAAAAGCUGGUGAGAGCUUACUCUUUAGCAUUGUAAAUGUGUUAUUCUCAGUCUUGUACCAUCAAUAUAUUAAGACAUAGUAUUCUUUGCUGGACUUGUGCUGUAGGACCUAUUACCACCACUAAAAAAAAAUAGCAUAGAGCCUCCCCAUUAUCAAUAAUAUCUGAAUAAUUCGUCCCAGCCAUUCGGAUAUGACUUGUAUGAAAGGUCAGUGGGACUCUACAUUGAAUUCCAGAGUUAUCCUGCUUCCAGUGUGGGCAGAAGAACUUUUGAAUUAAAGAGGGCCCUUGUGUGACAUUCUAAAACAACCUUCAUGACUUCCCUAUUUAAGAAGAUUCUACAGUUCAGUUACAGGAAAUAUGGGGGAUGAAAGGAGCAAUGUGAUUUUGGGAUGAUUCUAAAUGUGUUGUCCAUUUAUUCACUGCAGGAGCUGAAAUAACUAAAAAACACUGCUAUUAAGCAGAUGUAAGAAGGAAGACAAAACCACCAUGCUUCCCUCUGUCCUUAAAGCCAUACCUAUGCCCAAAUUAGAUAAUUCACCUUGACUUUGACCUUUUCUUUUGGAGUGCCCACUGUAGACUUUACAAAGUAUGAUUGUUUUACCCAGUUUCCCCAUUGACCUGUAUAGACCAGCCAUGUAAGCUUUUGGUUAGCCUCCCUCAAUCCAAGCUCUUCCAUAACUGUUAGACUUCAGAGCCAAUAUUCCGAAUCAGCAAGGCAAAUAGGCUGAGAAAAGUGGGAAUUGUUCUGGAAGGUAGCAGAUUGGGGAAGGCUAUCUCAAGCUUUUUUUGCUAGUUUUUUGAAUGCUUGGUUGCUGGGUUAUUCCCAUAGCAGUUUUGGAACCUAAUUGAAUAGCCUUAAGUGCUUCUAUGCAAAAAGAUUUUUAGGUUCAGGUGCACACAGAGUCUGAUCUAAGUCCCAGAGUUAAUAGCAUUUUAACCUUGGAUUUUGAUUCAUCACCAAAAUCUAAGCCAGUUUAAAUCUGAUGAAAGAGGGAGGAGUGAAUUGUUUUCUUUUUUGCAUAUAGGUCCAAAACAAGGUGUUGUUUUUUUUU